AUGAACAAGCAGAGUUCGAGUGACGCGGCGUCCAAAGGGCCGGUGCAUUCCUCGACGCUGCAGUCCAAGGCGGGCCAGAGCAGUGCGAGCAUACACCGCAGCUCCCGCUCACGCCGAACAAAGGGCGAGGCGCGUCGUCGCUCACCCGAAUUGCGUCAAGACAUCGAGGCGACCAUCCAUGUACUCGACAACGGCGUCGAUCGCACGCCGGUGCCGCUGCAGAAGCGAGGCAGCAGCAAUGGCGUGCCGCGCGACAGCCGCCAGGGCGGGAGCUCCAUCAGCGGGAUGCUGCCAGUGGAGAGCAGCUCCCUCUUUCACUCAUCGAUUCUCAACAGCUCGCUCGACCAGAUUGGCCUUGCGUCAAACAUGUCCCCCGGCAGCCCGUCGCAGAUAGGCUUCCUCACCGCCUCGUCGUCGCUCACCAGCGUUUCUGUUGACAGGCGCGGCUCGGGCGUGUCGAUGGGGUCCAGCUUCGCCCCCAUGCAGGGCGCGCCGCGUACGGGUUCAUUGCUGGGGGUAAGUGACGGCAGUGCCGCUGCUGCGAAGCCGCGCGUGUACACACGCGAGGAGCGGCGCCAGUGGCUCGACGCCAAAACGUCUGUCGUACUCGCCGAGACCCCGACCAUCAUGCUCUACACGCACCAGGACGAGAUUGUGCCCAAUGAGCGCAAAGAAGAUGUGGCAAAGGUGCAGGAGCGGAAUGCGGCCUACGCGGAGCUGGUAGAAGCGAAGCGUGUGGAUGAGGGAACGCGAUUUCACGAGAAGGGCUCGUGGACGUUUGUGGCGCCAAAGAAGUCUAUCCACUGUGCGAUUCGCCCGCCGCGCAAAAAGAAUGCGGGCGCGCUUCAGGUGACACCGUGGAUGCUCCGCGACCAGUUCGCUGUCCUCGCCGCGGACCAGGCGGAGGAACUCGACCAGGAGGAGGUUGGCGACGAGGAGGAUGACGAGAUUGUGGAAACAGCCUCAGCCGCGGAAAAGGACAUGAUCUCUGAGACAACUGCAGAGCAGAGCAGCCGCAGCGCUGCACACUCGGCAUUUUCUUGGAUGUUCGCUGAUUCGUUGCUAUCAACCCUGCGUGUGAUGGAGCGGGCAGUGGUACAGAACACAAUGGAGGAGGUGCAGCUGUCGUAUAGGGGCAUCACGAUGGACCCCAACGCACGCCGUGUUCCGCAGCCACCCGAGAAAAAACAAAUGGGCAGCACCGAGGACAUAGACGCUUCAACAGGUACAGUACCGGUGGUAACGGAGGCAGUGCAGGACGGCCUGGAGGUUGCGGCCGUUGUAGCAGCCGUCGUCAAGGCAGACCUACCCCCACUGAAGUUGUCAGAGGACAUCAAGGGAUUGUGGACAUUCCGUUCACCGCUCACUAAAAACCGUGCAGUCACGUGCAUGGCAUGGAACUGUAAAGAAACGGACAUCCUUGCGGUUGGUUACAGCGCUCUCCGCAGUGAUAGCGCACAAGUUGCAGAAGCACCCAAAUCUUCCACAGGCGGCAUUGUGUGCUGCUGGUCGCUGAAGAAUCCGCUGGCGCCGGAGCGCGUCAUUCAGCUCCCUGUGGAAGCGGGUGUGUCGUCGGUGGCCUUCUCAUACGAGCACCCAAGCCUCCUUGCUGUUGGCGACACGGACGGCAGUAUUGUCAUCUACGACAUCCAGAAGGAGACGAACACACCGGCCAUCAAGACGACUCUGACAAGUGGGCAGCACACCGGGGCGGUGUGGGAGCUCAAAUGGGUGGCGCGCGGGAAGGAGCGUGGCGAGUUCCUAAUAUCCAUUUCUGGCGACGGUCGUGUCGUGCAGUGGUCAGUCGGUAAAACUAUUGAGCGUGUGGCGCCUGACCUAAUGACGCUUAAGCGGCAGCACGGCGCCGCGGGCGAGUCGGCCUUCGCCGAUGACGGUGGGAAGCGCAGUGGUGGUGCCAGUGGACAGCGGCGCAAGCGUGACGCACUCUUCUCGCGACAAUGUGGAGGCAUGUGCCUUGACGUCUCACCGGCAGAUGGCACCAUUUACGUGGUCGGUACUGAAGACGGGUCACUACAUCAGUGCAACAAGAGUCAAACGGAGAAUUACGAGUUAGAUUAUGCACCACACUCGGAGCUUGUCUACCGUGUGAGGUGGUCGCCGUACAGUGACAACUACUUCCUUACAUGUUCUGCCGACUGGAGCUCGCGUCUGUACCGCCUCGGGCAGUCGGCACAGCUGCUCACUUUUGACAGCCCCAACCAGAACGCUGUGCAGGAUGUGGCGUGGUCCUACACGAACUCCACUACCUUCGCCACCGUGACGGCCCAAGGCAACGUGGAGGUGUGGUCUAUCACUGACGCCAUUCACCCCCGCUCGCGCGUACAGUACUUGGACCAACGACGGCUGGCGAAUGUGCUCUUCGCCGAGCAGGAGGCGGCGGUAGUGGUAGUUGGUGACGAGAAGGGCGAUGUGACGGUCUUCCGCCUCCUCGCACCGUGCUACACCACCAUGCACAUGACUGUGGAUGAGCAGGAGAAUGAACUGGAAGAAGCUAUACGCAAAGCGAUCUCAUAG